AUGACUCGUUCAGGCGGCAAAGUCCCUUACAAGAAAGCUCCAAAGAAAGAGGUGGAAGAGAUGGAUGAGAGUGAUCUCGCUUUCAUAAAGGCCAAAAGGGACGAGGAGAAACUAUUUGAACAAAUGGCGAAGCUAGCUAAACAAAAAGGGCCCCUCCUAUCUGGAGGAAUUAAAAAGUCCGGGAAAAAAUAA